GGGGCGGCCGGGCCGGGCGGCGGCGCCGCAGUGACUCGUCGGGCUCGGUGGCGGUGGCGGCGGCUUCGGAGGUUUCAGAGGAGCGGACUGUGUGGCCGGUGGGCUGCUGCGGCCUCGCAGCUACCUUUGUGCGGAGCCCUUCCCUUCUCGGGCGGCUGCGGUGGGCACACCCGGGGGCGGCGGCCACCGCGGCCAGGUUAGCGUGGGGGAAGGGGUGAGCGCCCGAGUAGCCCAUCGGCAGUCAGUGAAUCCAAGCCGGCCCACCUCCCACGAUGUCCGACGAGGCGUCGGCCACCACUUCCUAUGAGAAGUUUUUAACCCCAGAGGAGCCCUUCCCUCUCCUAGGGGCCCCUCGUGGGGUGGGCACCUGCCCCAGCGAGGAACCUGGCUGCCUGGACAUCAGCGACUUUGGCUGCCAGCUCUCCUCCUGCCAUCGCACCGAUCCGCUCCACCGGUUUCACACCAACAGGUGGAACCUCACUUCGUGUGGUACGAGUGUCGCAAGCUCAGAAUGUAGUGAGGAGCUCUUCUCGUCAGUUUCUGUUGGAGAUCAAGAUGAUUGCUAUUCCCUCUUAGAUGAUCAAGACUUCACUUCUUUUGACUUGUUCCCUGAGGGAAGUGUCUGUAGUGAUGUCUCCUCUUCUAUCAGCACGUAUUGGGAUUGGUCAGAUAGUGAAUUUGAAUGGCAGUUACCAGGCAGUGACAUUGCCAGUGGAAGCGAUGUACUUUCUGAUGUCAUACCCAGUAUUCCAAGUUCACCUUGCUUGGUUUCUAAAAAGAAAAACAAGCACCGGAAUCUAGAUGAGCUUGCUUGGAGUGCAAUGACAAAUGAUGAACAGGUGGAAUAUAUUGAGUAUCUGAGCCGAAAAGUCAGUACUGAGAUGGGCCUUCGGGAGCAACUUGACAUUAUUAAAAUCAUUGAUCCUUCUGCUCAGAUCUCCCCUACAGACAGCGAGUUCAUUAUUGAACUUAACUGUCUCACAGAUGAAAAACUGAAGCAGGUCAGAAACUAUAUCAAGGAGCAUAGCCUUCGUCAGCGGCCUACAAGGGAGGCCUGGAAGAGAAGCAACUUUAGCUGUGCAAGCACCAGUGGAGUGAGCGGUGCUAGCGCCAGCAGCAGCAGUGCCAGCAUGGUCAGUUCCGCAAGCAGCAGUGGGUCUAGUGUUGGAAACUCGGCUUCAAACUCCAGUGCCAACAUGAGUCGAGCACACAGCGACAGCAACCUAUCUGCAAGUGCAGCAGAGCGGAUUCGGGAUUCAAAGAAGCGAUCCAAGCAGCGAAAGCUACAGCAGAAGGCCUUCCGUAAGAGGCAGCUGAAGGAGCAGAGGCAGGCGCGGAAGGAGAGGCUCAGUGGGCUCUUCCUAAAUGAAGAGGUGCUGUCCUUGAAAGUGACUGAGGAAGACCAUGAAGCGGAUGUUGAUGUGUUGAUGUAAUAGGGUGAAUUGGUCAGCGUUUUUUCGAAGCAUUUUUCUCUCUUCAUUAGUUUACAUACAUCUUGACCAAAAUUUUGGUUAGGGUUGUGCUGAUGUACCAUUAAUAAUUUAGGCCAGUGGUUCUCAGAAAGUAGCCCCAGCACCCGCAGCUUUCAGCAUCACCUGAAAAGACCUUAGAAUUGUGUUUGGGCUCCAUUCCAGACCCACAGGCAGUGUGGAUGUGGAGCAGCACUGUGUUCUACCCAAUGGCAGACUAUUCUCAUGCACAUUCUCAUUUAAAGACCACUGGUAAAUGUCUUAACUACUUUAACUUUAUGGCGAUUAAGUAGGCUUUUCAAAGACUACUACUGCAUUUCCAGUUUGGGAAAUUUCAAAGUACUGAUGAGAAGUAGUUUAUUUUGUCAGUAUAUAUGUAGGGUCCGUAAUUCAGUUCCCUUCUUCAGAAGAUUUUUUUUUUGGUUUACUUUUUCAAAAGGGCCAUAGUAUAAUUCUUAGUUCCUAGGGGCAAAUCCUUUUUGAGGUGGGGGUGCACAUAAGGUAUGCAUUGCUGUUUACAAUAGUGCCUUCAUUAGGUUUAGUUCUGUUUUCAUUCAUUAUUAGUGCAAAGGGAUAAAAAAGGGCCCUAGUCUUUUCCAAUUAGAUGUGGGUUUUUUCUUCUUGUGUGCUUUAUGUCAAGAGAGAAUCAUUUCCGCAAGUCAUAACUACUGAGAAAAUAAUGCUAUAGUAGUGAAAUUUUAGACUUAACUCUGUGUUGAUGAAGUUUCAAGUGGAGACUCCAGUUAGGCAAGGAUACCAAUCAAGUUUUCCCAUUGUAUCCUUACAUUUUAGCCUGCCGCAUAAUCUCCAAACUAGAACAUUUAUCUCUUUCUCUCUAUCAAAAUAUUUGUGUAGUACACCUCUAAUUUUACAUGUUUGAUAUGUGGUGAGGUUGGUGUUUCAAAUUAGCUGACAGACCACUUGGAGUUCAACAAACUUUAGAGACUGCUAUGGGUAUACAAAGCAGUCUGCUGUAGAAAACACCUUUGCUGGUGCCUAGUAGGACUCUUUAGUCUAAAUGUGAAAUCAUGGAGUUUCCUUAGACAUUUUUUUUUCAAAGAAUUCAUUAUCAUGAACUUAGAAGUCGCCUGAUUCCUUUUCUUCUAUGUGUCUUUGAGCAUUGACAUGGACUAGAGAAGAUACAAACUGAGACUACUGACAAUCAACCAAUUUUAUAACUUUCAUGAUUUUCAGUUGUAUUACUGCAUUUAGAAAGCAAACUGUGGGUUUCAACAUUAUUUAACUUUAGUUCUUCAAAAAGAUUAACAACAUAAAUUCUUAAUUUUUAGUUGCUAUAAAGGCCUAAAUUUUACUGAAUUAAAGGUAGAGAUUUAAUCCUGGUAUGUUGGUACACACCUUUAAUCCUAGCAUUCAGGAGGCUGAGGUGAGGAUUGUAAGUUCAAAGCCAGCCUGGGCUACAUAGUGCUACUACUAAACUUUUGUACAUAUUUAAAAUAUUUAAAUUUUUAUUUUGUUCCUUUGAAGGCUAAAGAAUUGAAACUGAGGGUGAAAAUUAGUACUUUACAGCAUUGCUGAGGCCUGUGAUCUAGCUGUAACUUUUGAAUCCCUACUAAGAUCAGAAUUUAAAAUGCUACAAAGAUAAAGCAUGACUAUGUGUGCUUUCAGUUAAAGUAGUAUUUUUGACUUUCCUCCUACAUCCUUUUGGUAUUCCACCCUAGUUUAGAGGACCAAGGAGCUCUAGAUCCUAGAAUACUUAAUAAAGAAUGUACCCAGUUUUCCCUCCUAAGUACAGAAAUAGAAAAAGAAGAGAAGCAAAUAUAUUUAAACUCACUGCCUUCACUUCGUUGUAGCAAAAUCCCGCAGAGGAAAUAAUCCGAGUGUUUUUCCUAUUCUCUGAGGAAGGUGAGCCACAUUGAGAUACAGGGCAACAUUUAUCUAUCACCCACUUGCAAACUAUUUAUUUGUUGAUGCUCACUAAAAAAAAUAAAAUAAAAUCCCCAAACCAGUUCAGGAUAUAAUUUAAGACCAAUGUCUCUAUUCUCCCCCCCCCCAAAAAAAAAUCAUGUAGUCUUCUUAACUUAGAUUUAACUUAAGUCACUAUUGAGUAAGUUUACCAAAGUGCCAUGGGCAGAUUUUUAAUGUCUAUAAAGGUUUGAGUAUUUAUAGAAGUAUGUCAUAAAAUUUUCUGUAAGUCCAGAUUCACUCUAUAUGUUAGGACUGGAAUGUAAAGUGUCGAUUUGGUGGAGAAUACUGCUUUCAUUUAAGAGAAAAACCGUGGAACUCCUAGAGUUGUUUAUGAUCUAAGAGAGAGAGAGGUUAAAAUCUUUCUCCUUCCUUCCAAAACAAACUAUCGCAAAAGGGCAAAAGUCUCUUCGUGUCUUUGUUAUCUGUGCUCUGUUAUCUGUUAGGAUGUUUCAUGUAGAUAAUUCAGAGAAUUGUUGAAAUAGGUAGUAAUUUAUUAAAUCUGGUAUCUCCCAAGGCAUAUUUAAAAACAACUUCAAGUCAGCAUCUUUUGUUUUUCCUUUUCAGUGGAAAAACCUAUUUAAUCAGUUAUAAUUAAAAGGAAAGUCAGGGAAACUCAAAUCAAAAGUGUUGAGUUUAUCCUCCUCCAGUCACAAGAGCUAUCAUCAAGAAAACCCAAAGCAAAUUCUGGUGAGAAGAGAAGAUGGGAAGGAAUGUGUAUAUACUGCUAGUGGCAGUAUAAACUGGCUGUACCAGUCAGAAUCAGUAUGGGUGUCCUCUUGUUAAAAAGAAAAUCAGGAGUGGAGUUAUCUUACGAUGGAGCUGUACUAUCCUUUGGUCUAUGCUGACAGUAAACAGUCUCAGUAUAUGACAGAGGUUUGGGUGUGAGCUUCCAUGUCUAAUUCAGUCCUGCUCCCAAUAGCCAAUAAAUGGAUAUCCAUCAGCAAAUAGAUAAAGAAAAUGUAACAUAGAUUCAUAGUCAGCCAUAAUGAAGACUGGAAUUAUGUCACUUGCAAGAAAAAAGCUAGAACUAGACAGAGAUCAUGUUAAGCAAAGCAAACCAGAUUCAGAAACACAAACAUUAUAUUGUUUGUUACAAGUGGAAUCUAGAUUUGAUAAAAUGCAACACAUGAAAGUAGAAGGGGACACUGUUGGGGAAGAGGAAAGGCUCUGGCGAAAAGGAGAACAAAAAUGGCGGGUGUAUAUGAUUGAAGUACAUUCUAAAUAUGUAUGGAUAAAUGAAUGAAUGGAAGACCAGAGUUUGUUCCAGUGUUGGUUAUCUUCUGUCCAGAACUGACAGUGGAGUGAAUAAGUCUCCUCUUUAUAGCUGUAUCCAGAGACUUUUUAUUAGAUCUUGUACAAGUAUGUCAGUCCUUACUACAGCUUUUAAAAGUGUGAACAAUGAAUUGAGCAAAAUGGCAUGUAUUUUUAUACAGUUUUACAAAUGAUUAAAGGAAGGUGUUGUUUUAGAAUAUAGUAAGUUAAGUCGUAAAGGGCUAGUUCAUUCUAUCUUACUGAGAACUUAAAGUCCAAUGACACUUUGUCUUCAUUCUUUGGUAGAUAGUGACAGUUUAGUUGACUUUCUCUGUUGUGUGGGUAAAUUAGACAUUUCUGAAUUAAGUCCUGGAAACUGAUUUAUAAAAUAAUGACCUAUAGUGUGAGUAGAUGUCUCAUUUUUUCUAGCUUUUAGAAAGUGGCACAUUCCCUGAAAAAGGAAAAAUUAUAUGAAAUUAUUGUAUAAAGGUAUCCAGAUUCUGAUGAGCUUUAAAUAUUGUAAAAUUUAUUAUAUAUCUUCAUAUUUAAGCCAAAAAUGUUACAACAUAAACUCUAUAGCAGUCCUUUUGUUUUGGGUUCUCUUAGCAGACUUUUUGUUCAUGGCUUCUCUGUAGCCUCAUGUGCCUUAAAGGUGGUGGACUUUGUCAUUUGCAUCUAUAUCAGGCUUCCUCAAAAUCAGAUAAUCAGAAUGCUAUAAUUUGGUUCAUAUAAUGCUCAUGGUGUUUGGAUAUUAGUAAAAUGUAUCAAUCAGUAGAAUAGAGUAUAAAAUAAACACCUUCAUAUCUUGGACUCAUUUGCUUAAAACUAGUUUUGAGCCACCAGAUUAAUGAAGGGCCUUGCAUUUGCAUAAAAUUUUGCUUAAUAUAUUUUUUGCCACUGAAACAAGGUCUCCCUAUACAGUCCAGACUCGCCUUGAACUUGUUUUGUUGCCCAGGCUGGUCUGGAACUUAUGAUCCUUUCUCUUAGCUUCCCUGGUGUUUGGGACCCAGAUGUGCCUGGGAAAUGUAUCUUUUUAAACCAGGUGAGUUUUAUCAGGGAAGAAAAAUUUUAGGAUUUGUACAAAAAACACUUGAAGAGCCAAGAUUAUAUAGAAAGGUGUUUCUUCUGUUAACUUUAAGGAUUCUUUGGAUUCAUUUGUGUAAUCAUUGAGGUGCCCUAUUCUCUUUGCUUUGAACAAAUUACCUCUUAGCACUGUCUUCAAGAAUUCUUUGUGGGAAUUGAUGUAGGGUAAAGUUAGUUUGGGUUGCUGAUAGUAUAGUUCAUUUGUGUUCCCUAGUAGUGUUGAUGUAGAAAGCACUGACAUUCGACAUAUUUAAAUCAGAGAUAAAUUCCAUCUUGAAAGAGACUCUUAGGAAAUAAAUAAUUGAGAAAAAAUCUAAUAUGAUAGCUUUGCAGUAGACUUAAGGUUGGUAAAAUGAGAUGAAUUUUAUCUCAGAUUUGAACAUUAUUUUUUUUUUUUUUUUGGAGCUGGGGACCGAACCUAGGGCCUUGCGCUUGCUAGGCAAACGCCCUACCACUGAGCUAAAUCCCCAACCCCUUGAACAUUAUUAAGUAGGAAACCUUUGAGGCAUUUUGAGCUAGGCAUUUCUGUCAGCAUAUAAUUUGGAACAUAGUUCUUGAAAUAUUUGAAUUUGGUCUAUGUCCUUUAUGAGACUUAGAAGGAGCUCUGGCAAUUCCUGUAACUGGCUGUAGGACUAAGGAGCUUCAUGGCAAGCUCAAGAUCCAAGCUGGUGCUCUACAAUUCAAUUUCCAUUCCUUAAAUACUAAAAUUUGUUUGUGGCUCACUGCCCGAAUAUUUUUGGAAUUGAGGUCAUUGAUGUUUGGCCCUAAACCAGACAAUGGCAAUUUGCAUUUUAACUUGACAUUCAUGCCAAACUCAGAAAAACCAGUGUGAUCUUUUCUGAUGUCAAAAUGUAGUAAGUUGUCUUUAUUGUCGGGUUUCUUCUACCACACCUUUGUGGUGAAUGGAACUUGUACAAAUCUGUGUUCUUUUUUUUGUGGUGGUGGAUAGGAUGGAAAGGGAAGAAUUGCUUAAUUAAUGAAUAUUUGUUUUGACUCUGUCAAGGUAAAUGUGGAAUUACCAUGUACAGAAGGCAGGUACAUAACACACUUAAGAUUGCUGAUGUUUUUUUCUUAAAUCGAAGCUGAUCUCUUAUGUUUACAAUGAGAUUUCAAGGCUUUUGGAAAAUGGGGCUGAUAGUGUCUCCUCCUGUAGUGGGUGAAUUUGAUUUCCUGUUUAGAUUAAAAAAAACCCAUAAAUCUUUGUGUCGGCAAUUUAAUAAUAGGACUGUUACCAAAAGAAGUUAAUAAUAAACACAAAUACACAUAAAUCACCUCAUAGAUGGUUAAGAGUUGCAAAUUGUGGGACUUCCCAUUGCCCUUCUUUUCAAAAAGUAGUUCUGUAGAAUAAUAUAACCAAAGCAAGUAGGAAGUUGACUGGUUUGGUAUGUACCAGUAGUCUUAGAUACUGAAAAGUAUCAGAUUGUCAACAAGGACUUUUUUCCUAUAUUCCUGCAAAAUGUAUUCUAUAUUAAUGCACUUUUGUAUAUAGGACAGUCUUCUGUACAUUCUGUACUUACUACAGUGUAUAUAAAACCUGGCUUUUUUUUUCCUUGAAGCUGUGUGAGGGGGGAUAACAAUAGGACACAAUUGGUAUCUCUUUUGAGUUCCUUUUGCACAUGAAAAUAUUUUAGCAGGUUAUCUCAAUGAGUCUGUGUGGUUAUAACUAAAGCUGGGGAUGUAAUGGAGCUGUUUUUUGACCUAGUGUCAGAAUUAAGAGUCAUUUUAGUUAUUAAGAAUUUUGGUACUCAUACUAUCCUAAGUAUAUCUCUUUUUAAAAACCCCACUGCUGCUUAUAACUUUAGACUCUGAACCAGCUCCUUUCAAAGUUCCAUCCCAGAACCUUUACCACUAACAGAGAAUUGCCAUUUUCAUUGGUUCACAGUUUGACUAGACUCUAUAGACAUGUUUUGUGAGGGUCUCAGUUUCCCAAAAGUCAUGAACAAAACUUUUUUCUGAAUAGAUCAGAUUUUAGAGAGAUUAUCAUUCACACAGUAAGUGAAAAUUAGGUCAAAUUUUUGUUGACAAAAAUGAUCUAUUUUCCUUGAAAGAUUCUGCUGUGGAAUCUUUUAAAGUUAAGUUUCCAAAAAAAGAAAUGUCUAUGAUAGUUGUAUGUAUAGAUUCAGGUGCCAUUCUGGGUUUUGUGUGUGUGGAGAGUUGUUGUUUUGGUUUUUGUUUUGUUUUGUUUUGUUUUUUGAUUUAUGGUUUUGGGGUUUUUGGAUCAACAAUGUUAUUUCUUGCCACUAGAGGGAAAUCUAUGAUUCUUUUCUUUUUUGGAAAAAAAAAUCUUAGCUUUUUUUUGUUGUUGUUUUGUUUUGUUUUUUGUUUCAUGGAUUGGCAAGACUUAUUUUUAAAAUGUUUUGUGUGAGUAAAUAUGUUCAUUUAUUAGUCAGAGGUAGAUUAAUUAAGCUUGUUUAAUAAAGAAAGCAGUCUUAUCCUUGCUGUCUGUAACCUUUCAUUUUUAAUAAAUGUGAGUUAGAUACUAAGUAAAA